AUGAAAGAUACGAAAUUUAACCCCAAGGUCCAGGCUAUACUUGCAAACGUUCAACGGCUUGCCCUAAGAUCGUUGCAUGUACAAGUAACUCCUCUGCAUCUCGGAGCUACUUUGAUUGGUGACCGGACUAGUGUUUUCUAUCGAGCAAUCACGAGUGCAGGUGGAUGCGAUGUCUCGACUGAGUCAGCUGUGAAAGUGAUCAACCAAGCCUUGAACAAGCUCCCAAAACAGGCUAGUCCUUUUCCUACAGCCGGGGAGACUAAUGUUGGAGAAGAGGAUUUGGUGAUUAGUCUUCUUGAAGAUUCUCAAAUCAGGGAUUUGUUCAAAGAAGCUGGCUUUGUGCCAGAGAAGGUCACGUCUGAGGUGGAGAAGCUUCGUGGGGAGGUGAUUCUUAAGGCUUUGAAGACUUAUGGGACAGAUUUGGUUGAGCAAGCAGGUAAGCUUGAUCCUGUGAUUGGUCGAGACAAGGAGAUUAGAAGAGUUAUUGGGAUUCUCUCAAGAAGAACCAAGAACAACCCUGUGCUAAUCGGUGAGCCAGGGGUUGGUAAGACUGCUGUGGUUGAAGGUUUGGCUCAGAGAAUUUUGAAAGGAGACGUGCCUAUCAAUCUAACUGAUGUAAGGCUCAUUGCCUUGGACAUAGGUGCAUUGGUUGCUGGAACUGUACUCCGUGGACAAUUCGAAGAAAGAAUGAGGUCUAUCUUGAAAGCAGUUGAGGACGCUCAAGGCAAAGUUGUGCUCUUUAUCGAUGAGAUCCACAUGGCUCUUGGUGCUGGCAAAGCAAGUGGUUCAACUGAUGCUUCUAAUUUGCUUAAGCCUAUGUUAGCAAGAGGUCAGCUUCGUUGCAUUGGAGCUACUACGCUUGAGGAAUACCGAAAACAUGUUGAGAAAGAUGCUGCAUUUGAGAGAAGGUUCCAGCAAGUCUUUGUAGCUGAGCCUAGUGUGCCUGAUACUAUUAGUAUUCUUCGAGGGAUUAAAGAAAAAUAUGAAGGACAUCAUGGUGUUCGUAUCCAAGACAGAGCUCUUGUUGUUGCUGCUCAGUUGUCUGCGCGUUACAUCAAUGGUCGACAAUUACCGGAUAAGGCAAUUGAUUUGGUUGAUGAGUCUUGUGCACAUGUAAGAGUCCAGCUUGAUAGUCAACCAGAAGAAAUUGAUAGCCUUGAAAGAAAAGGAAUGCAACUAGAGAUAGAGCUUCAUGCUCUCGAAAAGGAGAACGACAAGGCUAGCGAAGCUCGUCUGGUCGAGGUGCGGAAGGAGCUUGAUGACUUGAGGGACAAGCUUGAGCCUCUUACAAUCAAAUACAAAAACGAGAAAAGGAUAAUUAAUGAAACUCGGAGGCUUAAACAGAAACGAGAUGAGCUCAUGAUGUCUCUACAAGAAGCUGAGAGACAAUAUGACCUUCCUAAAGCUGCUGAUCUAAGAUAUGGGGCAAUUGAGGAAGUGGAAUACCAAAUAGCGAAAUUAGAAGAGAGUGGUAAAGAUAACGUGAUGCUUACUGAAACUGUUGGGCCUGACAAUAUUGCUGAGGUAGUGAGCCGAUGGACUGGGAUUCCAGUGACUAGGCUAGACCAGAACGAGAAGAAGAGGCUGAUCUUUCUUGCUGAUAGGUUGCACGAGAGAGUUGUUGGACAAGAUGAAGCCGUGAAUGCUGUGGCUGCAGCAAUUUUAAGGUCUAGGGUUGGACUAGGAAGGCCACAACAACCGUCUGGCUCCUUUCUCUUCCUCGGUCCAACUGGUGUUGGUAAAACUGAGCUGGCUAAGGCUCUUGCUGAGCAACUCUUUGAUGAUGAAAACCUAAUCGUUAGGCUUGAUAUGUCGGAGUAUAAUGAAAAACACUCUGUUAAUAAACUUAUAGGGGCACCACCAGGGUACAUUGGUUAUAACGAAGGUGGACAACUAACUGAACCCGUGAGGAGACGACCUUACUGUGUUGUACUAUUUGAUGAAGUUGAAAAGGCCAAUGUUACCGUAUUCAACACGCUACUUCAAGUGCUAGAAGACGGGAGAUUAACUGAUUCGCAUGGCAGGACAGUGGAUUUUAAAAACACAGUGAUCAUUAUGACUUCUAACCUUGGAGCUCAGCACCUUAUCUCAGGGCUUACAGGUGAUAUAACAAUGCAAGUUGCUCGAGACAGCGCAAUGAAAGAGGUGAAAAACCAUUUCAGCCCUGAGCUGUUAAACAGAUUGGAUGAGAUAGUGAUGUUUCAUCCUAUGUCUCACGAGCAUUUGAGAAAAAUUGUUAGACUCCAAAUGAAGAAUGUUGCUAACCGGCUUGCUGAGAAAGGUGUAUCUAUGACUGUCACGGAUGAUGCAUUAGACUACAUUUUAGCAGCUAGUUACGACUCGGUGUAUGGUGCUAGACCCAUAAGGAGAUGGCUAGAGAGGAAAGUGAUCACAGAUAUAUCGGUGAUGAUUGUUCGAGAAGAAAUCGAUGAAGACUCCAUUGUGUGCAUUGAUGUAAACGAGGCUAAAACUGAUCUCCACUACCGAGUUGAUAAGAAUGUGGUUGUGAAGACAGAAAAAGAUGUCACGAUUCGUCCAAGGAUCAAGAGGGAACGCAAUGACGAAGGUCACAUCUUGACUUCAACCAAAAAAAGAAAACCAAACAACACAAAUGAAGUCAUAUUGUUAGAUUGAAAAGGUUAGCUUUGAUAUUG